AUGUCAAACGAAGCUGGUGGAGAAGAUGCUGUAGGACAUUCAUAUAAGGAUCAUAUGAAUUUAUGUUAUAAGCUGAAAAUUAAGGCUAUUGAAGGAGGACAUUCUCAAGUUGUCUAUGACAAACUGCAAGAUGCUUAUUAUGAAGAUCCUAAUUUCUUUUUCAGAAUAAGGUUGGAUAAGGAUGUAAGGGUUUGUAAUUUGUUUUGGAGGGAUUCGAUGAUGGUAGAAGAUUACAAAAUUUAUGGUGAUGUUACUGUCUUUGACACUACUUACAGAACAAACCGUUACAACCUUAUCUGUGCACCCUUGGGUGACAAAAGUCCAAUCACACUCUUUACUGACCAAGAUGCAGCUAUGGCUAGAACAAUAAAGAAGAUAUUUCCAACCACAAGGCAUAGACUUUGCGUGUGGCAUUUGAUGCAGAAUGCAGUAACACGAUUUGGAGUCCUGAAGAGUGAUUCAACAUUCAAAGCCGAUUUCAACAAAUGCUUGAGUGGUUGUCUUAAUGAAGCUGAGUUUAACACAUGUUGGGAAGCAAUGGUCAUAAAGUACAAUCUAAAGGAACACAAAUGGUUCAUCAGAAUAUAUAAAUUACGACACAAGUGGGCAAGGACUCUGAGUAAGGACUUCUUCUCUGCAAGGAUUUUGUCAUCACAGAGGAGUGAGAGUACGAAUAAUAUUGUGGGUUUCAGAGCUACUAAGAAGACUAGUUUGACCGAGUUCUAUCACAUAUUUCAAGAAACAAUAAAGAGUUGGAGAAGGAAAAAAUAUACUGAUGAAUUCAACACCACCAAAUCUAUUCCGACUUCACACUAUCCAAUGACUUCGUUAUUGAAACAUGCUGCUCAAGUCUACACACAUACACUUUUCAGGGAUUUUGAAGAAGAAUUUAAUCUUGUUGUUGCAUCGCAAAAGUACAUCUCCUCUAGAUGGACAAAGUUCGCAAAGGUUGAGGUGUGGAACAAGCAUGAGGCACAGCUAAAAGCUAAAGGAUUAUUGAACAGUUUCACCCCCUGGCGUUUACACAUGAUGAGAAAAUACUACAGUCUGAUCCUUAAGAGCCAUACAAUAAAAGAGGCUAGAAAAAUUAUUGACGAUAACUUCAAGAAAGAUUCAGAAGUUAUUCAAACAAUUGUUGCAGCUGCAAGCAACAAUGAACAUAACACAACAAAUACGACAACUGAGAAUGAGACUUCUGUGCAAGUUUUGGACUCGGCUCAUGCCAACACUAAAGGAAAGUCAAAGAAGAUGAUUCCAGGGAGUUAUGACAACUUUAACAAGGGGAAAAGGAGAAAGCACAGGGAAUUUGGCUCCAAAACACCUAAGCAUUUAUUAUGA